CCUCUGAUUCUUAUAAGAAUCAAGAAAUCAACCAUGGUUACAAUUAAAGAAACAUGAGUGACCCUAAGGUUGUUCUAGUCACCGGCUGCGCCAAAGGGGGCAUUGGCUUUGAGUACUGCAGGGCAUUUGCUAAGCAAAAUUGCCCUGUCUUUGCCUCUGACAUCCCACAGCGGAUGGAGGACAUGUUAGAACUCUCUGAAGAUAAAAUUGAGACACUCGAGCUUGAUGUCUCGGCGGAUGAAAGCGUGGCAUCAGCAGUGAACACUGUUUUAUCCAAGUGUGGACGCAUAGACAUUUUGGUCAAUAACGCAGGGAUAGGAAGCACUGGCCCUCUGGCUGAACUUCCAUUAGAUGCAGUUAGGAAGGCUUGGGAAAUUAACACAUUGGGCCAACUGAGAUUGGUGCAACAAGUAGUGCCUCACAUGGCUGCCCAGCGUAGCGGAAUGAUCGUAAAUGUAGGGAGUGUGGUUGGGAAAGUGCCAACCCCUUGGGCUGGAUCAUACUGUGCCAGCAAGGCUGCAGUGCAUGCUAUGUCAAACACUCUACGUGUUGAGUUGAGGCCAUUUGGAAUUAACGUAGUGCUAGUGAUGCCCGGGGCCAUAAGAUCAAACUUUGGGAGUGCUAACAUGGAGAAACUGGGAAACUGUGAUUGGAAGCUCUAUAAGGAAUUCAAGGAGGCCAUUGCAGAGCGAGCAAGGGCUUCCCAGAGUGGUAAAGCAACAGAUGCUACAGUUUUUGCCAGACAUGUUGUGAAGAAAGUUUUGAGUCCUAAACCACCAAAGCAGAUUGUAUUCGGUCAUAUGACUGGCUUGUUUGCUGUGCUUUCCUGCUCUCCCCUAUGGGUGAGAGACCUCUUCUUCUCUACUCGAUUCAAUCUAAACAAGAAGGUCUAAAUCAGUUUCUGUCAUCGGUCGGAAUGCUUUAAGUCUGGCUAAUUGCUUUUAUUUUGUACCAAGGCACAAGAAUGAAAUCUGAGGCUUAUGAUGGCUGGAAUUGGAAUUGUUGUCCUAAGGUCUGG